UAAGAACCAGUGGCCACACGUAGAGGAUCAUCGUGAGGUCGUGGCCAUGGUUUCUGCAAUCUCGUCACCGUUCUCGGCUCUCUCGUUUCGCCGUCUCCAGGUGUGCAAUGCGACGUCGUCUCCGUGCAAGGCGCGCGCCGUUAAGUCCGUCACGGCGCUUCCGGGCGCGGGGCGGAGGCAGCUGCUGUUUUUCCUGACGGCGUCGACGGCGUUGACGGCGAGGGAAGCGGUUUCAUUGGCGCAGGACAUCCCGUUGUUCGGGAUACGGAAGAAUCUGAGGAAGGUGGAGGAGGAGGCGGAGGAGAUUGUGAGGGAGGGCUUCGAAGCCGCGGACAAGGGGCUGGUGGCGGCGGAGCGGGGGCUGGAGACGGCGGAGAAGGGGAUAGAGGAGGCGGAGAGGGAGGUGGUGGAGGCGGUGAGUUUCGGGGGGUUGGCGCAGGCGGGGGCGGUGGCGGGAGCGGAGGUUUUGGGCGUUUUGGUUGCGACGGCGGUGGUGAACGGUAUUUUGGGACCGGAAGCUCAAAAGUCGUGACUCGUGACAAGUAGAUUGUUGUAGCAUUGAAUUGGAUAUGUUUAUGUGAAAGUUGAUCCAGUCACACUGUAAGACUGUGCUCGAUCGCUUUGUGUGUUUAUCUUUGUAGCUUUCUCAUCAUAUCAUGUGAAUGAAUGCAUCUAGAAUCCAAUAGCCUUGUUCUAACUUUAUACAAAUAUAACAAGAUUAGUAAGUUUGCAUAAAGUUAAA